AGCAAUUUGUGGCUGCUCCCUUCUCCGGAAUGACCCCCGUAACUCCUUCGCCCAGGUGCCCCACACAUCUUGUUAGAGUUGAUGAUUCAGAAUAUCUCAGUAAAACCCUCAAACCCCAUUUUCUGGGAUGCUGAAUUUCAAUGAGUUCUGUGCCUUUGUGAGUCUUCAGCUGGGAGAGGAGGGUGAGAGCAGAAGCAUCUCCCACCAGAGCCUGCCCAGCACCUGAAGAGAAGCCAAACGGAGACUCCAUCUGCCCUGCAGGUUUUGGAGGUGCUUGGGAUGGGUUUGGGUGAUUGCAAAGCUGGGAAAGAUUUGCACUGAUGCAAAUUCAGAAUUCAGUUGUGUCUUUGGCCAUCAUUUCCAUUUCCUCAUUAGCCACCCUGAGGGAGGUGAGCACCUACACUGGCUUUUUCCAGGGCACAAGCUCAGCCCUGGGGAGAGACUGGGACAAAGCAGACCCUGAGCACGAGGCCAAGGGAGUGUUCAGGGAGUUGUGAGCUCCUUUGAAGCAGCACUUUGUAAAUCCUGGUGUUAGAAGGGCUCUGCAGUGCUGGCCCUCGCAGCCUGCCUGCAAACAGGCGCAUUUUGCCGUGGGUAUCACGGCAGGUUUAUCAGCCGUCCUGUUGCUAUUUUCUUGCCUGGCCCCCGUGGCCAUUUGUGUUUAGGCCUCAAUGAUCAUUUAGCAAGCAGCCCCCAUGCAGCCCACCCGGUGCAGGUGCUGGAGGGGGACAUGUCCCCCCUUGUACAGCUGGGGGGGGGCGGCUGGUGCCUCCGUGGAGCCAGGAGCCGAUGACAAUGGGCAAUUGUCAAAUUGGGGCCCCUCUCGUUUGAGUUUUCUUCCUUUUAUAGUAAGUAGCAGUUGCUCCAGCAGCUGGCCUGCCCCUCCAGGGUGAGCACUGGGCUCCGUAUAUAAGGGAAGGAGCAGCCUUUGCCUUUCAUCCCUCCGUUCGCUUCCCUCGCUGGGCGGCAGGACUCAUCCCGCACCUCCGCAAAUCCCAGCGCGAUGCCGCUCAAGAAACCGGACCCGAGGAAGGAAGCAGCCAAAGCAGCUCCAGGCUCGGAGCCUGCCUUCGAUCCCAAGAGCGUGAAGAUUGAAUUCACAGCAGAGCAGAUUGAAGAGUUCAGAGAAGCCUUCGGGCUGUUUGACCGGACACCGGCAGGGAUGAUGCAGAUCAGCUACGGACAGUGCGGGGACGUCCUCCGGGCGCUCGGCCACAACCCCACCAACGCAGAGGUCCUCAAGGUGCUGGGCAAGCCCAAACCAGAAGAAAUGAACACAAAGAUGCUGGACUUUGAGACCUUCCUCCCCAUCCUGCAGCACUUCACUCGCAACAAGGAGCAGGGCACCUUUGAGGACUUUGUGGAAGGGCUGCGUGUCUUCGACAAGGAGGGCAACGGGAUGGUCAUGGGAGCCGAGCUGCGCCAUGUGCUGGUCACGCUGGGAGAGAAGAUGACAGAAAGCGAGGUGGAGCAGCUCAUGGCAGGGCAGGAAGAUGCCAACGGCUGUAUCAACUAUGAAGCUUUUGUCAAGCACAUCAUGUCUGGCUGAAACAAGAAACUUCAGGCUCUCAGAAAUGCUUGGACCCACCUCAGCACCACGAAGAGCAAGACUCCUCCAUGCAUGUCCUUUCCCUGGGAUGUUUUGCCUAAAGCAAAACACACACCACGUGUGUGUACCUGAGCCUGGUACUCAGUGCAUCUGCAACUAGGUUUUAAACCUCAAGUUACUCUUUUCAGGUUUUCCCUGUGACAUUUGUCUCAUUAAAUUUCAUUCCUUUCUCCCUUAAA